GUCAGAAAGGCUUGUUGCAUGUGCAAAACGCAAACUAACAGGAAAGCGAGAGUUAGUUGCCUAGUUGUUUUACUGUGGUGAUCUUUUUUGUAUUUUACCCUACGAGAAUGUUUGUUUUUUAAAAUUAGACUAGCCAACGGCGAGCCUUAACAAGACACAAUUUUUUCUAUCUUCACAUGUUCACUUUAAGUUCCGUGGGCCGUUUGUUGGCAUUUGUGGCAGCGGUGAGGGGUAGGAGCGGGUCAUGGUGAGAUAUUUGACAGAAAGUGCCUUGUCAGACAACGUCCCUACUUGAAGCUGCUCACUGGCUCAAGCUUGUGUGUCUCUCUCUGAAGCCUGGGUUCCACUCUCAGACACGGUCCUCGCCUGAGCUGUGACAGAAGAUACCUCAGUCCCAACACUUGGCCCUCUAUUUCAUUUCUGUGCAGCUCCAGACUCUCAGAAUCCGAGUGGAAAGAUUUACCGCGAGGGAGGCACUGCCAAUGCACAAAGAGCUGACGUAUUGGGGAGAAGCUAAAUCAAUACCAGCAAGCAGUCUGCAUAUCUUAAUAGUCUUAAUAUUCCAUUAAGGAGUGCCAUUGCCUUGAAAACACAUUAAUUGGAGUGUGCUGGAAACAGUUGGAUGGUCUGUCAGUCCAGCGAGCCACCGAGCAUGUCCCUUUACCUGGCCAGAGGUCUGCACCUGGGACAAACUGAUUGAUGAGUGACCACUCCCCGACAGAUAGCCUGUCUGUUCCUCAUGUCGCUGAUUUGCUUCUGUGUCAGUCCGCCAUCUUCUCAGUUUUUAAGGUCUUCAUAAUCAAACAAACAAACUGAGCCAAAAGUUUUAAACAAAUUUUCUUUUUUUUUAGCUUAUUGCGUGUGACUUUUAAACAUAUUUUUUGAAUCAAUACAACCACAGUGAAUAUCUUCUCCAAACCCCCCAAGGCCACUCUUUCACCAUUUCUAAUAUGGCUUUAAACAUUGCUUCAAUACGGGACACAAAAUGGCUGACACUGGAAGUGUGCCGGCAGUUUCAGAGGGGAACGUGUUCACGUAGUGAUGAGGAAUGCAAAUUUGCACACCCACCGAAGAGCUGCCAGGUGGAAAAUGGAAGAGUUAUUGCCUGCUUCGACUCACUAAAGGGCCGAUGUACACGAGAGAACUGCAAAUACCUUCAUCCACCAGCACACUUAAAAACCCAGCUAGAAAUAAACGGGCGCAACAACCUCAUUCAGCAGAAGACGGCGGCCGCCAUGCUGGCCCAGCAGAUGCAGUUCAUGAUCCCCGGCACGACCAUGCAGCCUGUACCCACAUUUCCCGUAACCCAAGGACUGGGGACGAAUCCUGGCAUUAGCUAUGCUCCCUAUCUCACCCCUGUGACUCACGGAAUGGGGCUGGUUCCCACGGAGAUGCUACCCAGCACCCCGGUCAUCGUCCCCGGAAGCCCCCCUGUCACGGUGCAGGGGUCUUCUUCCGCACAAAAGUUACUGCGGACUGACAAGCUGGAGGUGUGCCGCGAGUUCCAGCGUGGGAACUGUGCGCGGGGCGAGACGGACUGCCGCUUUGCGCACCCCAGCGACAGCCCCAUGAUCGACACGAGCGACAACACGGUCACCGUCUGCAUGGACUACAUCAAGAGCCGCUGCUCCCGCGAGAAGUGCAAGUACUUCCACCCGCCGGCCCACCUGCAGGCCAAAAUCAAAGCCGCGCAGCACCAGGCCAACCAAACGGCCGUGGCGGCGCAAGCGGCUGCCGCCGCAGCGAUGACUCAGUCGACUGCCAAAGCAAUGAAGCGACCCCUCGAGGCAACUGUAGAUCUGGCUUUCCCCCACGGCGUCCUGCAGCCCCUACCAAAGAGACCAGCACUUGAAAAGAGCAACGGGGCCAGCACACUCUUCAACCCUAGUGUUUUGCACUACCAGCAGGCUCUGGCCAAUGCACAGCUGCAGCAGCCUGCGGCGUUCUUUCCCGCAGAUCAUACUGAAGUAACCAACAGGAAAGGAACAGCGUGUCAAGAGGCCGCACUAAGGAGCCCAAUACAGCCCUUCUGUAAAUACUACCUUUCCUCUUCAUUAGAACUACAGCAACCUGCAUGCUAAGAGUAUAAGAAUUAAUGAUUAAAACAUGACUAUAACAUUGAGUGCUGGUGUAAUAUAUACAAAUUAUGUAUAUGUAUUGCUAGGAAAAUAUUGACAUGUAAA